AUGGCUGCUAUAAUGACUCCAUCAUCAGGCCUUGCGAAUACUGGCUGCCUGAAGAUACUACGAGAUUCAGUGAAUGAUUCCGAUGGAGUCGACAUUGUCCUGGUUCCUGGCAUCGGUACUAUCUCGCCAGAAGAAUGGCCAUUUGCUGACCCAGAAUGGCUUUCCACUCUGCCCGGCUCCUGCGGUGAGGCGCGAAUCUUUGCAUACGAAUAUCCUUCACCAUUCCUAGGCACCAAGCCUUCAUGGGAGUCGAUGUUGAUGCUGGGAUACGACUUGCUUCAGCAGCUCGGUGAUGCGCGAUCGCAAUCAGACUUGGAUGAAACUAUCACCAAACCAAUACUGCUAGUCUGUCACAGCUUAGGUGGUGUUGCAGUGAAGCAGGCAUUGUGUGUUGCCCACAACCAGUUUCUUCGGUACGGAUCAACUGUCAACGCUGUAGCUGGCGUUAUAUUUUUGGGUACUCCGCAUCGCUAUGGCGACAAAGCCACGAGCUUUGUACGGUUUCGAGAUCUCUUUGAAACGACGACUAGUAAGAGCCUGAAGAUCCCGAACGCCUCUAUGGAGCAUGAAGGUGCCAUUCUACUCGACUUAGCAAGUAGAUUCGAAAUGGUCACUAACAAUACUCCAAUUCUAUCUGCCUACGAAUUGCGAGAGUCGAAAACCAGCUUAAGCCAUCGCGUCAGAAGUACCAACAAGUUAUUGGUCGACCGUGACACUUGCUCGACUCAUAUCCGGGAGGAAACAAUCAUCGGUCUCAACCUAAAUCAUCAUGACAUUUGCCAGUUCACCAAAAGCGUAGGUGGCGAAGGCUUACCGGAGCUACAUAAAUUUCUGUACGAGACUCUACAUGAUGCUGGGCGUCUUUUCGUGUCUCGACUUGAGUCUACUGAAUAUCAAUACGCAACAACGAGUGCUUACUCACCCACGAUGAGUGAACUACCACAGAGAGUUGAGCAGUUAGAGCUCACCGAAUGGCCGUCGAACCAUGCAACUGAAUGGCCCUCAAAUGGAGCAACAGAAGGAACUUCUCUCUCUGGCUUCGAGAUGAUACAUUCUACAACACCAAACACCGAAACUUGGAAGUCCCUUCACUUGCCAUGCUUCCUUUUCAACACCCAUACUGCAAACAAAGAUUUCUGUGGCCGAGAAGAUAUCCUUGGGCGUCUUGCAGCCGAGCUGUUGCCUCCGAAAAACAUGGUGACAGCGUCUAGAAGCUCUGUGAAACAAUUCGCACUUUGCGGGUUUGGCGGCAUUGGGAAAACAGAAAUAGCCCGUGAGUUCGCCCGACGUCAUAAAGACUCCUUUGAUGCAGUAUUCUGGGUCGUAGCCGACGAGGUUGCAAAGCUCGACUACCAUUACCAGCAAAUUUCUCUAGCGCUAGGAUUGGAAGAUCCAUCCGAGUAUGAUCCCGUGAUCCUAGCGGACUACUGGCCUCAAGGCAGUGGAUCAAUUCUUGUCACUAGCCGUGAUCCAUUGGCAAAAUGCAUGUUUACAAGACGACCUACUGGGCUAGAUCUCGGCCCACUUUCGCAGCGAGACAGCUUGUCCCUCUUCAACCAUCUUACGACAAAUACAAGCGAGGCAGAUGAGGACAUAGCGCAGCGAAUUUCCGAUGCGCUCGCUGGCGUCCCUCUUGCCAUCUCCCAAAUGGCCGGAAUUAUCCGUAGGCAGGAGCUCACGUUGUCAGAGUUCUUUGAGCUUUAUACAGAUCAAGAAGAACACGCCAGUCUUUAUGAGACAAAGUUCGAUACGAAUUUGGUAACAUAUCGUCAUUCGCUUGCGACUGUGUGGGCGUUUGGGAAGCUGAAGCCUCAAGCGCAGCGACUGUUAGAGCUGAUUGCAUUUCUCGAUCCAGAUGUCAUUGGAGACGACUUGCUGAUGGAAGCGGCAGUGAAACUGCUCUCCGACGGGACACCGUUCAAGAAGCUCCACUAUAUUGAGGCUCGAACCGAUCUUUUACAGUCAUCUCUAGUCCAAAGAGAUAAACAAAAGCAACAGUUAUCAGUCCAUCGCAUCGUGCAAGAUGUGAUCCUGGCAACGAUGGAUGUUGAGAGGAAGCGGUUCCUGUUUGACCAAGUCGUACGCAUUCUCUGGGCGGACUGGCCUUCGGCUAUGCCCAAACCAUCCAGAAAGCCAGAGCUACCGGAGCCCAAAUCAACCGGGGGCAGGCUGUAUGUUGGCAGAUGGCCUGCCUGUGCGGCAAUUUAUCCCCACGUCCUAAAGAUACAUCAACUCUGGCCAGCCAUCUCAGAGCCCUCCGAGGCCACGAGGUUGCUUUUCGCAAAACUACUGAAUGAGGCUGCAUGGUAUCAAAAGGAGCGCGGAAGGACGAAGCAAUUCGACGGCUUCUUCGAAACUGCGCGCAGCAUCUGCGAAACUUCCACACACCCCGAUCGCGAUGCCCUCCUUGCAGAUAUCUACUUCUGCCUGGGAGCUAUUGCGAUGGACGCGAGUGAAUUUGACACCAGUCGCAUUUACAAGGAACGUUCUCUCAAUCUAGUGUCCAAGAUCUGCAAAGAACUAGAAACCGCCGACGACAGACUAUACCUCGCGUACGCGGAGCGAGGCAUCUCACGCAUCCAGGACAGAAGGUACGAGGAAGGUGAAGCCGAUCUCAAGGAGGCGCUGCGGAUACGCAAAGCCCUUGGUAACUACGUUCCGCGCGCGGGUGAGGCCACUCUAAGCUGGUCGCUCCUUGCACAGGGCAAGCUUGAAGAAUGCGAUACGCUUCUCUCGGACAGCUUGGCAGGCAGAGAGAAGGCCCUGGGCAAGAAUGACACGGAGUAUUUCCGGACUGGACUGAUUCUGUAUGCACUUGGUAACCUCCGUGCAGCGCAGGGCUUAUGGGAUGAGAGUUUCGAAUACCAUGACAGAGCGUGGCGCCAUAUGCGCGCGACGGUCGGCGACAGAGAUUUCUAUACUGCGAAUGUUAUCCAUAAGAUGGCUCAGCACCUGUUUCGGUCAGGUCAGCACGAGAGAGCGAUUACGAUGGUGAAUGCGGCGCUAGACAUUUGGUCAGUUGAUCCAAGUGCACACAAGAAUGAGAUCGCUCGCACGACCUUCCUCAAGGGGAAAUUGUUAGAGGCAAUGGGCAAGACUCAAAAGGCCUCUGUUGCUUUUAGAGUUGCCUGUCGUUUAAGAAGGGAGAUCACCAAAGAGGAUCGGGAUAUGAAGACGUUGACGACCGAGGAUUUUGAUGGAAUUAUUGCUUUCUGGUCUCGCUGA